GGAGACAGGGAGUGAUGAAAAUGUUUUAUUACCUUUGAGGGGCUGUGUCUGAUCUGUCAGGGAGAGAGAGGGAGAGAGAGAGAAUCGCGGGGAGAAAAGGAAAGAACCAGGCAGACAAGGCACGCCAAAAUAUCCCAGCCAAGCAAGAUAAGUGGAAGGUGAGCGGGGCUGGUUUUUUGAUACAAAGGAUGACCCGGGGAAAAUAGAGGCGUCCAGCCUCGGCGAUGCUGGCGGACCGGCGAGGAAGGAAGAGCGCAUCCGGACUGCCUUGCGUUUAGACGGCCGACGGAGCAAGAGAAGGCGUACAAAUUACUCAUGACCCAGGAGGAAGGAGAGCUCUGCAGGCGGCGCGCUGAGCAGUGUGCGGGGGCUGCGCGGGAGAAGUCGAGAUUUCGUGCCCAGGGAGAGAGGAGCCUGUCGGGUCCGCUGAAGGCGUCCUCCAGGCGCGGAGAAGUGCAGCCAAGCCUCGGCUGAUCGACUAACCAGCCGGCCUGGCAUUGGGAAUCUGCGCCCACCCCGUCCUGAGCCCUGCCUGGCGACUGCUGAGUUUCUUGGGACGCGUGAAUCGCUCUUUCCCUGGAAGGGGGCCUUUAUCGUGCGGGUUUGCUUUCUGCCCUACGUGCGGGGUUGGCCAAAGACGCGACACUUUUCGGGGGGAAAGGAAGACACGAGAUCUGAACGCUGCUCUGGUCAACCCGCUUAUGCUGGCGAAGUGGAGGAAGAAGGAGAGAAAACUUGGAAGACUCCCCGCCCGACCCCACUCCUCACUCUCGCUAUCUGGCAUUCUAGUAUUCCUUAAGCCCGCCACCCACCUCAAAGCUCCCUCUGCUCUUCCCUCCUCCCAGUUCUUAGGGGAUUUCCCUGGGGUGGGGUGGGGUGGCAGCACUGUAGGCUGCCAGGAUACACCCCCAAUUCUAGCUGCCUAGUUUUUAGUGGCAUUCUCUAGAAGGGUGGCCUCCUCCUCCUCCACACACACUCCUCCAAACUCAGAACUCAAAAGAAGGCCCAUUUCCCUUGGAGAAAGACAACCAUCUCCGUACUUUUAAAGACCCGCACGAUCUGUACUCUUUAGCACCUUGUGCCCAGACGACGACCCCCCUAUUAUUCCCUUGCUGCACUCACUCUUUCUGCCCCCUCAGAAGUGUCUGGACUAGGUAGGGCUCCCAGCGGUGCACUCCCUAAAGCAAGAACCCCCCCCCAACCUGCACCUGAAUGCUUCAUUUCUGGGCACCCUCCCUCUAGAACCAUCAACUGGGGGCCUACGUCCUUUAAAGGUAUCUCGAAUCCCACUUUCCAGAAUCUCCAAGAAGAUAGCAGCCAGGGUAUUCAUCCUGGCAUCCGAGGAGGAGCUCAGCACUACUGAAAGAAGGCACUCUUUACCCCACAGACCCCAACACCAGGGCACCCUUCUGGUCAGUUCGUGAGCAGCAACCUCUGGAAGCAGAGAGUCCCCUUCCCUGUAUCCUAGCACCAGGAAACAGCGGUUUGCACUUCUAGAGUAAGAAACUUCCCUUUCUUCGCCACUCCCAGGUUCUCUCCGCUGGGCAUCGCCCGAGUGCAGCUCUGCUGGAUCAGGGCCCUUUCCCGCCUCAGGGCACUCCCGCCUUUCCUCCAGUGUUUAGACCUGGGCGCCUCUUCGUGCUCUGUCCCCGAGCGCCCCAGAUCCGAAGGAGCCCCCCUCUUCUUUGUUCGCCCGCCCGCCUGCCCCCUCCCAAACCAGGACGCUGGCCCCUUAGAGCGGGGGUCUUCUCGGCGCAGCCCCUAGGAGUCCGGCCCGGCCGUCCGGCCUGGGGAUGCUGGCGGUAGGGCAGAUGGAGGGCACCCCCCGGCAGAGCGCCUUCCUGCUCAGCAGCCCGCCCCUGGCCGCCCUGCACAGCAUGGCCGAGAUGAAGACCCCGCUGUACCCCGCGGCGGCGGCGGCGUACUCUCUGCCGCCCUCCGCUGCGGCAGUCGCGGCCGCCCCCAGCGGGCCCUCCUCGCUCUCCUCCUCCUCGUCGUCGUCCUCCUCGUCGGCCUCCGCCUCGCCUUCCCCGCCGCUGGGCUCCCCGACGCCAGCCGGCCUCAAGCCUCCCCACGCGGGGGCUCUGUCGGCGCUGGGCUCCCCCCCGCAGCAGCUCUUGGCCGCCACCCCGCACGGCAUCAACGACAUCCUCAGCCGGCCGUCCAUGCCCCCCACCGCCGCCGCCGCCGCCUCCUCCUCCGUCGCCGCCUCCUCCUCGGCCUCCGCCUCCCCAGCCGCCGGCCUCCUGGCGGGGCUGCCCCGCUUCAGCAGCCUCAGCCCCCCGCCGCCCCCUCCGGGCCUCUACUUCAGCCCCAGCGCCGCCGCCGCCGCCGUGGCCGCCGUGGGCCGCUAUCCCAAGCCGCUGGCCGAGCUGCCAGGCAGGACCCCCAUCUUCUGGCCGGGGGUCAUGCAGAGCCCCCCCUGGAGGGACGCGCGACUCGCCUGCACGCCGCAUCAAGGCUCAAUUUUGCUGGAUAAAGACGGCAAAAGGAAACAUACAAGACCUACAUUUUCCGGCCAGCAGAUUUUCGCGUUGGAAAAGACUUUUGAGCAAACGAAAUAUUUAGCCGGACCGGAGAGAGCCAGGCUCGCCUAUUCAUUGGGGAUGACAGAAAGUCAAGUCAAGGUUUGGUUCCAGAACCGGAGGACCAAGUGGCGGAAGAAGCACGCGGCCGAGAUGGCCACGGCCAAGAAGAAGCAGGACUCGGAGACGGAGCGGCUGAAAGGCGCGUCGGAGAACGAGGAAGACGACGACGACUACAACAAGCCGCUGGACCCCAACUCGGACGACGAGAAGAUCACGCAGCUGCUCAAGAAGCACAAGACGACGGGCGGCGCCAGCAGCGCCAGCCUCCUCCAGCUGCACACGUCGGAGACCGAAGGCUCCUCCUAGACGGC